AUGUCGAAUCUUAUCACACUCUACGAUAUACCAGGAAAAGCAGCGAAAGACUUUGCGUGGAGUCCUAACACCUGGAAGGCUAGGCUCGUCUUGAACAUCAAGGGCUUGCCUUACAAGACAGCCUGGGUCGAAUACCCCGACAUCGCUCCAGUCGCCAAGAAAAUCGGCGCCUCCCACACUUCCGUAUCUGCCUCCGGUCCUCAUUACACUGCUCCCUUCAUCGAAGAUCCCUCCCACAAGGCAGUCGUAGCCGACUCAUUCAAGAUCGCACAGUACCUCGAUGAAACUUACCCGGACACUCCCGCCGUCGUCCCGAAAGGCACCGCCGCCCUGCAGAACACUUUCUCAGACAUGUUUUUCGAGAAAGUGGGCUACCCGAUCUACAGCUACAUCAACUACCAGACGAUGAAGCAGCUCCCGCAGCGUAGUGAAGUCUACUGGAGGAAGACGAGGGAGGCUAGUUUCGGAGUGGCGAUAGAGGAGAUCGCGCCUGAGGGUUCGGAGAAGAGGGCGGAGAUAUGGAAGAAGGUUAUCGCUGGGCUGAAGACGAUUGACGCGUCUUUGAGUGUUCAAGAGGAGGAGUUCAUUGCUGGCGGGAAGCCGACUUUUGCGGACGUGACAGUGGUUGCCGUCUUGACUUGGCCGAAGAGGAUCUUAGGGGAGGGAUCUCCUGAAUGGCAGGAGAUUUUGCAGACGGACGGGGGCCGAUGGGGAAGGCUUAUGAAGGCAUUCGAAAAGUGGGAGACUGUGGACGAGGAAGGCUUGAAGGGAAUUGGCGCUUGA